CAGUGCAACUUAUCCAAACCAUGGGUGCUACAGCUAGCUCCUUCUCCAAGAGCGGAGAUUACAGAGUCUCUGAUUUUACUGAUCCAUCGCAAACCAACUGGAUAACCGCCCACUCAGAAGCAUGCAUCAUGACGGUUCCAGAGGUGCGGAGGUGCUGGCAGCGCUACGAGGAGCUGGGUGUAGAUAAAAACGGAAGCGUCCCAAAGCAAAGCCUGAUCACCGACCAUCCCUUCAGCGCCAAGCUGGUACAGCAGUUCCCUGUCUCCGGGGAUGAUCUGGUGUCUUUCCAGACGUACUGCAGUGCUGUCAACUGGCUGGCCAAGUCCACAGUGAAUGAUAAGCUCAGAGGCCUGUACCGGACGCUGUCCCGCUCCCGCCUGGACCAGGAGGCCCUGCGGGGGGUGUUGUCCGCCCUGUACCCCCGGGACCCUCCGGAGGACGUCGGACGCCUGGCCGGCUUCAUCGUGGCGGAGAUCGACCUGAAGAAACAAGGGUUUAUUGACGAGACCCAGUUUAUCUCGUGGAUGCACAGGCUGCCCACGGAGACCCUAGAAUCACUGCUGCGCUUCUCCGCACCGCCUGAUGGGAUAGAGGAGCCGUCGUCGCCCAGGGGAGACCUUCCUCGGGAGGUUGCUUCUGAAGAAUCAAUGGAUGCACAGUUUCAUUUGAUCGCCAUGGAGAUGGCCAAGCGGAAGAGAGACUGGAGGCUCCUGGCUAACUGCCUUGGUUUCCUGGAGAGGGAAUGCAGAAGCUUUGAGAGAGAGCACAAAGGGCUAGAGAAACAGGUCCUGGCGAUCCUCCAACAGUGGCGACGUGGAGCAGAGGAACUAAACGCAGCCGAGGAACUCCAGGAUGCACUGAGAGACAGCGGCAACACAGACAUAAAAAACGUGGUCUUCAGGCUCAGUUUCUGACUGAAUAACGUACAUAACGGAUCAACGAUAUUUUUCAAUUUGUACACAACCAAACUUAA